AAUAUUCUUGAAUUUCUUUUAUUGUUUCAAGAUGGCUGACCAGACCAGAAAAGUCACAGUUUUACAAUCAUCUCCUGAAGAAGAUGACUUGCCCCUCCCCCCACCUCCCCCUGUACCACCUAGACCUCUCAACUAUGAAGGGCCUUCAUCGUUAAGUAGCCUUCCCCUGCCUCCACCUAAAGAAACCUUCUCCACAUUCUACCAGCAACGGCAGAAAAAUGAGCUGAAGAGGCUCUUUAAACACAUCCACCCAGACUUACGGGCAAGUCUUGAUGACGCAGUGGAUGAUGAGAUCAUGAAGGCAGUGCAGUCAGAAAACACUGAGGCAGCAGAUGCAGAUUAUCAGGGGGAAGUGCAAUCCAUGAGGUGGAUCUUUGAGAACUGGACUCUGGACAGUAUUGGAGAUCCUCAUUCAACCAAAAAGCUGAUGGAUAAUGAGGAGUUAAAGGGUGGAGAUGUAAGAAGCACCUCCACGAUGUUUGAACAUAUUGACAGCACCCAACUACAGUCUGCCAAAAGGCAAAUUUCUGUCAGGGGGGAUGUGAGAACAUCAAUGUGGUUGUUUGAGACCCAGCCCUUGGAUUCCUUAAAUAGAUCCGUAAAUGAAGAGGGUGAACUAGUUGAGGCAGUGCUGAAAGAACCUGUACAGCCUGGGGAUGUAAGAGGGACUCGUCUGCUUUUUGAGUCUAAAGCACUGAGUGACUUGGGGCGCUGCAACUCUAUUGAAGAUUAUAGUUUCCUGAAACUGAGGUCUGAGCUUCAGGAGCUGAAAGGUGAUGUCCAAAAGACCGUGAAACUGUUUCAGGCAGAACCUUGCUGUGCUAUCAGAGACAACAGUGGCAAUAUGCAUGAGAUUAAAUCCAUCUGCAGGGAGGAGAUCGACAGCAGUGGUGUUUGCACUGCCCGCUGGCUUUUUGAAACCCAGCCUUUGGACCUGAUCAGUAAGGGAACUGAUGUCGUGAAAAUAAUUCGGGGCAUAUCGCUAGAGGAGGGUCAACGAGGAGGUGUUGACCGGAAGAGGUGGAUGUUUGAAACUGAGUCAUUUGACAGAAUACCUGAGGUUGUAGGAGAGAACACAUUUGAAGGAGCCAUAGCUGAGUGCACAGGAGAGGUUGAUGUCAUCAACAAGAAGAAAUUCUUUGAAAUGAAACCACUGGCAGCAGGAAACAUGGCAGAAAAGUCUUUGGAAAAGGGAGACGUAAUUGGGGGAGAUGUCAAGACCUCCCUUUGGCUGUUUGAAACGCAGCCCAUGGAGACGCUUAGUGAUAGCUAUGAAGUCGGGAGCCUGAAGAAAAUUACCCUUUCACCUGAAGAACAAGGUGAAGUAAAAGACAAAAAACAGUUAUUUGAAAGCUGCAGCAUUCAAAAGAGCACUUCAUUAAAAGAACAAGUGAUUGAAAAAGGUGACGUGAAGGGAUUCAAAGAACUUUUUGAAAAAAUUCCUUUGAGCAAAAUCGCUCCUUCUGGGGAGGAGAUUACCGAGAACGAAGAGUCUAUUGCAGUUGGAAAUGUAAAAGGUAACAGAGAAAUAUUUGAAACAACUCCAUUAUAUGCAAUAAAAGACAGCUCUGGAAACCUUCAUAAGGUUACAACAGUCAGCCGAGAGGAAUUCACUCAAGGGAAAGUCAAAAACUAUAAGUGGAUGUUUGAGACGAAGCCGUUAGACCAACUGGUAGAAGGAAAAGCAAAUGUGGAGGUAAUCAAAGGCAUCACAAGACAGGAAGACAACACAGGUGAUGUCAAAACGGCAAAGUGGCUUUUUGAAACACAGACAAUUGAUGGGAUUCAUUCAAAGUUCAAUCAGACAAAGCAAAACUCUUCUUUGGAGGAGGAACCACAUAAAGGUGACGUGAAGACCUGUAAAUGGUUGUUUGAAACACAGCCAAUGGACAUUUUGUAUGACAAAUCCGAAAAAACAAAAGAUAAAGAAGCCAUUGAAGAUACCAAUGUCAAGUCCAUUACAUGGCUUUUUGAGUCACAGCCUCUAGAUAGCAUCAAAGAUGGGGAAAAGUACAAUUUGAAGCUAUGCAGCACCAUACGAGAUUCAGUCCAAUCAGAGGUUGGUGUUCAAACUGUGAAACAUCUUUUUGAAACAGAGGCCUUGGACAGAAUAAGAAAGGAUACAAAUUCAGAACAAAAUCUGAGAUGUGUCAGCCAAGUGAACUUUCAGUCAGGGGAAGUUUCGCGAGUCAAAGAACUCUUUGAAUCCCAGUCUCUUGACGAAAUAGGAUCAGAAAUCGUGGCAGCAUCUGAUCAGCAGAACCAAGGCGAACAAAUCGAGAAAGGUUCUGUAAAUAAAUUUACUUGGAUGUUUGAGAACUGCCCCAUGAGCCAGAUCAACAAGGACAACAAUGACACAAAUACGCCAAGGGUUGAGAGUAUUGAAAGUGGUGAUGUCCAGAAGAAAAAGUUUAUAUUUGAAACAUCGUCACUGGAUAAAAUUCACGAUGAACCCGUUGAGCAGAAUUGGGUCAAUGUGGAGCAGCCUGUGAGCAAUAUAGACGUGAAGUCAAGCACUAUGAUGUUUGAGUCCCUGCCACUGUAUGCCAUCAGAGACAAAGAGGGCCAGUUUCAUGAAGUUACAACUCUAAAAAAGGAAGAGGUAAUGAGUGGUGACGUAAGAGGAGCAAGGUGGAUGUUUGAGACAAAACCACUCGAUGCCAUCAAGGCGGAGAAUGAAGUUUAUGUCAUACGAGCUGUCACCCAGGAGGACGUCAAGAAAGGAGACGUUAAAUCAGCCAGGUGGAAAUUUGAGACACAACCUCUUGACUCUCUUACGAGUCGAGAUGAGCUCUCAGUCAGGGUGACUGAAGACUUCGGAAGCAGUAACGUGCAGCUGAAUAAACAGUUAUUUGAAUCUGAGCAGCAGUGCAAGAAGUUUGUGAGAAUGGUUAGUGUCACUGAUGUGCAGCGUGGCGAUGUCAGGACCUCCACCUGGCUCUUUGAGAAUCAAACAAUUGACAGCCUGAAAGGGGAGCCUGAGGAGCAGGGUCCAGUAAAAGCAGUCCACAGGGAAGAUAGCCAGAAGGGAGAUGUGAAACGCUGCACCUGGCUCUUUGAAUCGCAGCCCCUGGACAAAAUUAAGGAGCCAGAAGAAACCUCAGUGCAAAGUGCUAAAGAUAUCCCAAAAGCUGAUGUGAAGUGCACCACCUGGCUCUUUGAGACCACUCCACUAGACAAAAUCACCGCCAACAGUUUGGCUGAUACCCUUUCAUAUUUGAAUGAAAAUGCUUUUGUUCACUCAAGCGGCAUCAUAAUAGAGGCAGAUGGCAGCAGAAAUGUUAACAUGGCAAAAUAUAUGUUUGAAAACAAAGAAGGGGUGCAGAUUGAGAAAGAGGAUGUUGUUGAGGGUAACAUCAGGAACAUCAUGCUACAGCUCUUGGUCAGACCGACUCUCAAACCACAAGUAACUCUUCUGAGAGAAACUGAAAAAGGUAAAGUUAACAUAACAGUAGUCGAGCUUCCAGUCUCCCAGGCGACCGGCACAGUCAACAUCGAACACGAUCAAAGACUACAAAACAUUGCCCAGGUAAUUGAUGACUUGCUCAUUCCACAAAAUAAUCUGAAAAAGGGAAUCAUAAUGCAAGAGACUGCAGCGGGACAAGCAGAGAUGUCCGUUUAUUCACUCAUCUGCAAUUACGAAAUCAAAACCGAGAGUCUGGUUACAGAGAGGGGAGAUGUUAAGUCUACAAUUGGAAAUUUGUUAGCUACUGCCAGUUGUCAGAGGAUAGCAGCGUCGUGCAGAGUGGACGAAACAGAGAAGGGAAAUGUGAAUUUGUACAAAAGCUGCAUUGAAAAGGGAGAUCUGCAUUACCUCAAAAGUCUUCACACCGAGGCAUCUGAAGACGAAGCUGAUCAGAGCCUUCUGACUAAGGAACAGAUUGAAACAGUUCAGGGGGGUGUGAGGGAAGCAAAGAGAAGCCUCUAUCAGCAAAAAGAACAGGCAGAACGAUCAAUUUCUGAUGUUUUACCAGGGGACGUAAAGAACACCAAAAAGGUUUUUUCAUCAGAGUGCUCUGUCAGUGUUGACAGCUGUGUACCAAAGGAGGAAAUUGUCCCUGGAGAUGUCAAGGCAACAAUGCAAUCAUUAGAACGUGCAAAGCAACAGAGCAUGUGUGUGGAGCGGGAGGUCAUUACACCUGGAACUAUUUAUGACAUGGACCUGUCAGCUCAAGGUCCUGAAAGCGAAGGAAACCAAGCACAAAAAGAAGUCAUUAUAUCUGGAGACGUAAAAGCAGCUAAAAGGUCUCUUGAAAUGGCAAAGCAGCAAAGCAUGCAAGUAGAGCGGGAAGUCAUCAUUCCUGGAAAAAUAUACAACCUGAAUAUGUCCGCACAAGAGGAAAGCUCAUCAACAGUGGCACAAUCAACAUGUUCGUCCUCCUCAAGAUGCCAGCAAAUCAGGACUUCUCCGAAGUAACCUGUGAAGGACAACCAUCUAUUACAACACAGAAUUCAGCUCCCAACCCUGUAGCAAACGGAACCUCUAAAUCACCCCGCUCUGAAAGGCCAAGUCCACCUCCACUGCCUCAAAAGACUGAGAAACCACA